CUCACAUGGGCUAGGCCUCAAUAUCGCCCCCACGAGGCCCGUUUUGGCUCACGAUUCUGGCUCAAGCCAUUUUGGCUCACGCUAGACUCGACUCGCGGCCUGGGCCUAUUCCCGUACACCCGCUCGCCGUUGGCGUCCAGCCGCCUGCUAUCUCUCAGCCAUGGGCGAAGAGGAAGUCGCCGCGCUGGUCGUGGACAACGGCAGCGGCAUGUGCAAGGCUGGCUUCGCUGGCGACGACGCUCCGCGCGCCGUGUUCCCUUCCAUUGUCGGCCGCCCGAAGAUGCCAGGAAUCAUGGUCGGCAUGGACCAGAAGGACAGCUACGUGGGCGACGAGGCCCAGAGCAAGCGCGGCGUCCUCACCCUGAAGUACCCCAUCGAGCAUGGCAUCGUGACCAACUGGGACGACAUGGAGAAGAUCUGGCACCAUACCUUCUACAACGAGCUCCGCGUGGCUCCGGAGGAGCACCCAGUCCUCCUCACGGAGGCGCCCCUGAACCCGAAAGCGAAUCGCGAGCGCAUGACGCAAAUUAUGUUCGAGACAUUCAACGUUCCGGCGAUGUACGUCGCGAUCCAGGCAGUGCUAUCGCUGUACGCCUCUGGCCGCACCACAGGGAUCGUGAUGGAUUCGGGCGACGGCGUGUCGCACACAGUGCCCAUUUACGAGGGCUACGCGCUGCCGCAUGCGAUCCUGCGUCUGGAUCUUGCAGGGCGGGACCUCACGGAGUAUUUGAUGAAGAUCCUCACUGAGCGUGGGUACUCCUUCACCACCACGGCUGAGCGAGAGAUUGUGCGCGACGUCAAGGAGAAGCUCUGCUACAUCGCGCUCGAUUUCGACACCGAAAUGAAGGUCGCAACUGAGAGCUCCGACAAGGAGAAAACGUAUGAACUUCCUGAUGGAAACAUCAUCACUGUGGGCAGCGAGCGCUUCCGGUGCCCAGAGGUGCUCUUCCAGCCCAGCUUCGUUGGCAAGGAAGCCGCUGGCGUCCACGACACCACCUUCCAGUCGAUCAUGAAGUGCGAUGUCGACAUCCGCAAGGACCUGUACGCUAACGUAGUGCUGUCCGGUGGCACUACAAUGUUCCCAGGCAUCGGCGAGCGCAUGGCCAAGGAAUUAACAGCCCUGGCCCCUUCCACCAUGAAGAUCAAGGUUGUGGCUCCACCUGAGCGAAAGUACUCAGUGUGGAUCGGUGGGUCUAUCCUUUCUUCGCUCAGCACCUUUCAGCAGAUGUGGAUCUCCAAGGGUGAGUAUGACGAGUCGGGCCCCACCAUUGUGCACAGAAAGUGUUUCUGAGGGUUUGCCCUCAGUAUGUUUUGGUAGUGUGACGCGCUGGAUCGUUAUGCCCACAAGAGGGUUCUGCUCAAGCCAGCCAAGCUAGAAUCGUCAGAUGUGUUGGAUGGAGUUUGUGAGCUUGCCUCACGCCCCAAGGUUCACAGAUGGCGCUGGCAGUGUGAAUUCGCAUUGGCCGCACUAGCGUUCUGAAGUAUGUCAGGACAACUGCUGAAUCCUUUUCCUUCAGAGCAGUUAUUUCCGUUUGCGCAGGCCAUAUGUUCGGUUCGUUGGCCCUUCUUGUUACAGUUUGCCAGGGGGGUACCACCAGUCUACGGCACAACGGCAUGCAAUUGGCGGGGACAAAAUAAAAUGCCCCCCAAGAGUUCCCGA